AUGCAUCCAAUCCCAGCGAAUCUGUCAUCUUCUCAGCUGAGCUAUUCGACCACAACGGGAUCAGUAACUACAACUGCUCUGGAGGAUUCUUCUGAAAAAACUUCAGUUCAAUCCACCUGGCAAGUCAAUACAACGAAGGCGGACAAUGCAACGAAGACAGAUUAUGAGCAAGGAGGUUUCGACGAUUUAUAUAAUGCUACCGAACCUGCAAGGUAUGAAGCCACCAGACCGACUUCUACCAGAAUUGAAUUAAGAACGUCUCCGAAGAAGAAACCGAGCGAUACAACAGCGCACAUUACGUUCGUUGAGAAGAUGAAAAACAAUCAAGAGUUAGUAUCUAGAUUCUAG